AUGACGACACCAACACGGGUCCAAAUCCAACAGAUGCAAAAGGUUCCAUGGAACGGUGAGUGCUACAAAGACUUUAAAACAGUUGAAAGCCUUGGAGAAGGAUCUUAUGGUUCAGUCUUUCAUGCCAUCCAUGUACCAACUGGCACACACGCUGCAGUUAAGACCGUGAAAAUAGAUGGCGACACUACUGAUAUAGAGAAAGAAAUUGAGUUGAUGAAACAGUGCAACACGGAUUAUAUCGUUCGAUUUUUCGGACACUUUUUCCACGAUAACAGUCUGUGGAUUGUUAUGGAAAUCUGUGGAGCUGGAAGUGUCUCAGAUAUCAUGCACAUCUUAAAUGCAACAUUGGACGAAAGAGAAAUUCAAAUCAUCUUAAAGGACGUUCUUCAUGGACUUUCAUAUCUCCAUCAGAUGAAAAUGAUUCACAGAGACAUUAAAGCAGCUAACAUUUUGGUGUCCGACGACGGCGUGUCGAAGCUUGCGGACUUCGGUGUGUCAACAAAAAUGGGCGCGACAAAUAAGCUGCAAAAGACAAUGAUUGGUACACCGUACUGGAUGCCCCCGGAAAUUAUUCUCGAAACUGGCCACAACCAACUUGCAGACAUCUGGUCUGUCGGUAUCACCGCUAUUGAAAUGUUCGACGGAAGACCUCCACACGCAGAGUUGCACGCGAUGAGAGCCAUUUUCAUGAUUCCAAACGCACCACCACCCAAGUUGAUGACACCAGACGACGCUACACCCGCGUUUAACCAAUUCAUCGCGUUGUGCUGCAUUAAGGACUACAAAAAAAGACCUCCAGCGUUGGAGAUGUUGAAAUGCGAGUUCAUGAAGCCAAACGGAAAUAGAAAGAGAAUCACGGACUUGAUUGAAAAGGAGAUGGAAGGAAUCAAAGAGGCCGGAUCAAGAAAAGCCGCACUUGAGCCUGAUGAGGAAGACGACGAGGAAGGAGAUGAAGAGGAAAAUGAUGAGGAAGAGGACGAGGAGGAUGAAGAAAGCGGAGACGAGGAUGGAACUGAUGAGUCUGACGAUGACCAGACAAUGGUGAUCAAAAAAUGA